AUGGCAUCCUCUGUGCAAUUGAACAAGACACCCUCGACCGUGCUGUCCGCACGGGCUCAGGCGAACGGCGGGCCGGGCGAGACGAGUGCUACCAUUGAAGAGGGUGAUUCUCACGGUCCUGAACACAUCGGCCACAAGGAUGACGGCCCACUUGAUUGGUAUGUCGAGGGGCCAGGCAGGCGAGUGGGCUACGACGACCUGACUGCAAUUGACUGGAUUUAUGAGUAUACGAAAGAGCGGCAACGGUUGCGAAAGAUUCUAGCGCACCAUACGGGUCUCGUUGGAAAUCUGAGGCAAUUGCUGGACGCCAGCCAUGUUUGGUUCGUACUCGUGGCCAGUGGAAUCUCCGUGGGAUGCGUCGCAGCCUUCAUCAACAUCACUUCAGACUGGCUGGGUGAUAUCAAGACAGGCUAUUGCAAGAAGGGAGUUGGUGGAGGAGACUUCUAUUUGAACAAGCAGUUCUGCUGUUGGGGUCACGAUGAAUUUGCUCAAUGUCAAGACUGGACUCCGUGGCCUGCGGCGCUAGGUAUCAGAGCCAGGGCUGGCCAGUUCGUGAUGGGCUACAUUUUCUUCAUUGUCUUUUCUGUCUUGUUCGCGGUUUCAGCGGCAAUCCUCGUUAAGCAUUACUCAAUAUAUGCUCAACACAGCGGUAUAGCGGAAAUCAAGACGGUACUGGGAGGUUUUGUCAUCAGAAAGUUCCUCGGUACAUGGACUCUAGUCACAAAGUCCUUUGGUUUGAUACUCGCCGUCUCCUCGGGUAUGUGGCUUGGUAAGGAAGGUCCGUUUGUCCAUCUUGCUUGCUGCUGCGCCAAUAUCAUCAUGAAGCCAUUCGAGUCAUUGAGUCAGAACGAAGCUCGAAAACGAGAAAUCCUCUCUGCUGCAGCUGCGUCUGGUAUUUCAGUUGCCUUUGGUGCACCUAUCGGUGGUGUCCUAUUCUCCCUUGAGCAGCUGUCCUAUUACUUCCCCGACAAGACUAUGUGGCAGUCAUUUGUGUGUGCGAUGGUGGCAGCAGUGACGCUCCAGGCCUUGAAUCCUUUUCAUACCGGAAAACUCGUCCUCUAUCAAGUCACCUACACGACUGGGUGGUACAGCUUUGAACUUGCACCAUUUAUUCUCCUCGGCAUUAUCGGGGGAAUAUAUGGCGGGCUGUUCAUUAAAUUGAACAUGUUAGUGGCACGGCUACGUAAGUCCGCAAGCUAUCCGUUUCGCAACAGGCCACUGCUGGAAAUACUGGUUGUUUCCGCGAUCUCCGCAGUCGUCAACUAUCCGAACCUCUUCAUGCGAGCCCAGCUCUCUGAACUGGUAUAUUAUCUGUUUGCAGAAUGCGCUACUAUAGGGAACAAUGACAUUUUUGGUCUCUGUCGCGCAACAACCGCGGGAGCUCUGUCAAUGGCAUGGCUCUUGGUCGCAGCUUCAUUACUGGGCUUAUUGCUUGCGAGCAUUACGUUCGGCCUACGGAUUCCGGCAGGCAUCAUACUCCCUUCUCUGGCAAUUGGCGCCCUCUACGGAAGAACACUUGGGGUGGUUGUUCAGCUGAUACAAAAACACUUCUCAACGUCUUUGUUGUUUGCUGCCUGCACCACUGAUGUUCCCUGUGUUAUUCCAGGCACAUACGCGAUCGUUGGCGCUGCUUCAGCCUUGGCUGGGGUCACGAGGAUGACCGUGUCGAUUGUGGUUAUCAUGUUUGAACUAACAGGUGCCCUCACUUACGUCUUGCCAAUCAUGAUUGCGGUCAUGCUUGCAAAAUGGAUUGGAGAUGUCUUCUCUACGCGAGGCAUCUAUGAGUCUUGGAUUCAAUUCAACGAAUAUCCAUAUCUCGAAAACAAGGACGACGCAGUCAUGCCUCACGUCCUCGUCUCCAGUCUCAUGACGAGAGUGGAAGAAAUGAAGUGCUUGGAUGCCAAUAAGCCUCAUACCGUUGAGAACCUACAAAAUAUGCUGCGGACAACAUCUUAUCGCGGUUUCCCGGUGGUGGCGUUCAGAAAAGCAGGAGCGGAUGUCGCUGAAACAGUUUCAAACCGGCAGUACCCGCGCGAGAACACUCUUCUAGGAUACAUUUCUCGGGUUGAACUGGCGUUCGCGCUGGAGCGAAUGACACGUCCUAGUGGGCACAGACCCAGCCCUGAAGCUGAAACAGUUGUUGAUUCCCAAACCCCAUGUUAUUUCACCUAUCAUCCCGACAUCGCCACCGGAUGUGGAAUAGACCUACGACCUUGGAUGGACCAGACACCAAUCACGCUAAACGCGAACAGCUCACUUCAACUGGCAGUACAUAUGUUCCAGAAACUUGGGCUUCGAUACCUUCUUUUCAUUGAUCGUGGCGCUUUCAGAGGCAUUCUCACCAAAAAAGACGUUUGGUGGAUUUUGUCCGCAUCGGCAGAUGGACCUAGGGCUGAAGGAUUUGUUGCCGAUGCGGAAACUCGUCGUGAGACCGCUUUGGAGGAGGACGAGAGCCUCGAGGAAGCGAGAGGCCUUCUUCAGCCUGAAUUAGGGGAACCAGCUCAUCAAAAAAUGCCGAGUUAA